AUGAGGGUUUUGUUGGCUUGGGCAUGGCUUGGCCUCAGGGAGGCCCGGGCAGCAGGAGACUGGCCUUCGGAGCCGCCCUCCUGGCCAAAGUACCCGGGCCGGCAGGUCAAAGUCCUGAACGGCACCUGGGACUUCAGUUUCCUCGGUGACGUGGUGCUCAAUGCCAAGCUGUUGGUCGAGGCUGCCCCUAUGGAGCCAGUGGUCGUCCCCGAUGCCUUCGACAUGCGCCCAGACAGCCCGCGCUGCAGCACCUGCUGGGCCAAAAAGGGCACGGACGAGGACGAUGAAGAGCUUUGUGGCCACUGCUGCAGCCGUGCCUAUGGGUGGCAAGGAAACCAGCAAUGCUGGCAGAUGCUGCCGGAGGCAGAUCGUGAGGUGGCCUUCGAGCACUGUUGCAAUCAGCACGGGCUUCGGCAUCGACGGGGCGUGGCCAGGUAUGAAGCACAAGUGCAGGAGAAGAAGAAGAAGCCGAAAAUGCCACAGCUCACAACUUGUCUCUUGAACUUCUGCCCCAUAGUCCAGCUUCCUAGUUCACAAAUUGGAGAAGAUGCGCAAAAUGCUGAUGUGUGGGAAACUUGCGGAGGCUUUUCAAAAGAAAGUUUCCCGGUCAACUUGGCGGCUAGUGUUCUGUGUGGUCCAAAUACCGCCGUCAACACUUCGGGGGCAUUGCUCUUCGGAGCUUGUGCUUUGCGCUGCCUCGUGGCUGUGGAUGGAGUGGUGGUGGCUGACCACAGUGGUUUGUCACCCUUCAGCGUGCCGGUGGCCAGCGCGGACCGAGAGCUCCGCUCUAUCACUGUCCUUGUGGACAAUCGUUUUGACCACAUCUCUCAUCCUGUGCACCAAUUGAAAUACGACUGGUACCAGGGAGGAGGCUUGCUACGAGCUGUGCAGUUUCACAGCCUGGCUAGCCAGCACCUUGCGUACCUGGCCGGGGUCGAAGUCUUCCCUCGGACACUGGAGCACGUGGACGUGGACGUGCGAACCUUCACUGCUGAUCCGGCACCCCAGAGCUUGGAGUACCGGUGGAAGUUUGAUGACCCUCAAGAAGGUUGUGAUUGGGGAGGCUGGUCACCCAUCAUUGUGGGGUCUGGAACCCACAACGUCUCUGUUCCCAACGCACGUAGCUGGUCACCUGAGAAGCCAGACCUGCAUCGCUUGAAGGUUGCACUGCUCUCUUCCUUGGCUGGGGAUACCAGAAAGCUGCUGGACUGCGUUGAGGUCCGCUUUGGCCUCCGCCAUGUCAGCACAUCUGGCAGAGAUAUUCUCUUGAAUGGGCAGCCUCUCAAGUUGUUUGGCUUCAAUCGCCACGAUUUGACGGCAAGCCCGGUCCUCUCACACGAAGAGCUGGCACGUGAUGUGCGAAUCUUGCGGGAAGUCGGGGCAAACUUCGUCAGAGGAGCUCACUAUGCCCAAGACCAGCGAUUCUUGGACCUCUGUGACGAGAACGGCCUGUUGGUUUGGGAAGAAGUCCUGGGAUGGCAAAACACCCCGAAGGAUUUUGCUGAUGGUAUUUUCAUGAUGCAGAGCUUAAAGCUGGCAGAUGAGAUGGCAGCCGCAUCUGUGAACCAUCCGUCGGUGAUCUUCUUUGGCUUCUUCAACGAAGGCAGAUCGGAUGACCCCAGUCCUGCCACGGAAGCCGCCUAUCGCGGAAUGGCCAGCCGGCUUCGUGAGCGAUCACGCGGCACCCGGCUGAUCAGCUGGGGAUCUUCAACCACCAUAGGGGACAGGUACCUGCGAUUUGCCGAUGUCUGCUCAUUUCACCACUAUCCGGCCUGGUACCCCACAACGGCUCCGGGCGAUCUGGAGGAGGUGAAAGGGAUACCGCUGAUAUGGGAGGCCUAUGCAAACUUUGUGGAGGAGAACUUCCCCAGCAAGCCACUUCUAAUCACAGAGGCUGGAGCAGGGGGCCUCUUCGGCCAUCAUGGACCAACCGAGGAGAAGUGGACGGAAGAAUUUCAGAGUCUUCUGAUGCAGAUGCACUAUGUCUCCGUCUUCACAAACCCGAAGAUUGCCGGCUUAGCUCUAUGGCAAUUCGCGGACAUUCCCAUCGACCGCCUGGUAUCUGAUGAUGAGCAACGGCCCAGGGGACUAAACAACAAAGGUGUCGUGAGCCUGAGCAGGCUUCCUAAACUUUCAUUUCAAGCGCUGCGUCUACUGCGCAACAGCAAGCCGGGGCAGUACUUUGGCCUGAUCUUGCCACCGCAGGACGCCGACCGUUUGACCGGCCUCUUCAAAGUGUGA